AGGACCACAGAAUGCUUGCAUAUUCUACUGGAUGCUUCAGCUUGCAGUGGGUGCCUUGAAGAGUUUCAGUGGGCUUCGUUGUGCAUGGGUCAACAAUUUCAUUUUGGCUCUUGCAUCCUCAAUGUUCUGCUUCUGUUUUGAGACAUGGAUUGUGCUGGAGCAUGAGAAGCAAGGCCAGAAGCAAGAGUCGCUGUUUGAUACCUUCUGGCUGAUGACAUUCUUUGAAUCAAUAUCCCUUGUUGGAAGUCAAGGAAUCACAAACUUAUUGCUUGAUGAUGAUAACAAAGGAAUCUUGCUUCCGUAUACGUUUGCAGCCUUAGUGUCAGUAAUAGGAAUAUUGUAUAUCAGAAAAGCACCAAGUAUCAGUACCGCCCAUCAUGCAUCUGUCAUUGGAAGCUACCAAAAAUCAUUUUAUGCUCAUGUCCUCAGAGACAAAAGAGUGCUGAUUCUGGUCUUAGCUCAAGCAAGUGUCCAGUUCUCUGUAUCAGCCUUUUGGUUCCUCUGGGCACCAACGAUAGUGGCUGACGGAAGGGAUGCUCCUCUGUCACUAAACUACCCAUGUUUCCUGGUCUCGAGAAUGCUUGGAAGUGCUGCUGUUCCAUGGUUUUAUGGAGCCAUGGCUCCUUUCCAGAACGAGGAUAGCCUGACAACAGCAUACAUUGCUGCUGGACUUGCUUUGUCAAUUGUGGCUUAUGAUUAUCAGGAGAUUGGAACACUGGUGAUACUGUUCUGCAUCUUCCAUGCAUCCGUGGGCUUUGUUUUACCUUUGCUCGCAAGAUUUAGGACAAUGUACCUGCCAAAUGAACUACGUGGAGGCAUGAUGAGCUUUUCCCUAGCACUGGGAAAUGCACCUAUGUUCAUUUUCCUAAUACAGGGCGCCUACCAUGGGAACAUCGCAAAUUCAACCAUUCUAGGCCUUGCAGCCUGUGGCCUUUUGUCUGCCGGGGGCUGCAUUCAUAUGCUGCGGCGUUGGAGAAAGCACACCCGUCAAAACGUGCGCAGUCUAUAGGAUGAUGAUAGACUACAAUACCGGCUUGGAAAGUGUUGUGUUUGUAGCAUGCUCAUUUUUCCUCGGCUUAUGGCCAUUGGAUCCUCACGGUUAAUUAGCAUUGUCUAUGCCCUGAUCAAUGGUGCAGCAUACCAGAAAGUAGGUGUAUGAUAUGUUUUCUCUGUUAAAAAGACGCGUUGUUCAAAUUGACGUCGACCGCAUCCUGUAGACACGGAAAUGUUACGAUAGAAUCGUUUUUGUGCUGGAACAUAUCCUUGUGCCUUGUAAAGACCACUGCAAAUCUUUCGUCUCUCAA